AUGGGCAUCUGCAACAUCAUCACCCGCCGUGUCUUGACCUCCAUCCUGAUAAUGGAAUCCAGACGCAUCCAAAACCGCAACCGGCGCAGCGACACCUACACAGCCCAAGACAAGCAAUGCAUCAGGCGCGGCGCUAUACGGCCAGACAACAGAGUCGUCGCCCACAACUUCCUACGCCUGUGCGCUGAGUAUCUCGAGUUCGUUCAAGGCCAAUGCGAUGCCGAUGAGAAGACCACUGCAGCCUUCGAAGAAGAGAUCUCAAACGCCAACUACAUGGCACUAUGGGCUCUGCGGCAACGAAAAGAGGGAUCGAGCACAUCGAUCCAUUCGCCGAAGGGGAAGUACGAUGGCAUUCUGGCUGGCGACAUCUCGGAUCUGCUCGAGGAUAUGGUUUUGGACAUUUCGCGAGCUGCUGGAUACCCCAUCUGCCAUGAAGUGGUGUUCGAGCAGACCAUGCGAAGCGAGACGCUCAUCGUGAACUCGUUCUGGAAGCAGCAGGCUAUGGCGAAGAUGCUGACUGUGGCGUUGGUGGGGGUGCGCGAGGGAUCGGAGGUGAUGAUGUUGUUGGCGUUGAUAAGGAGUCUGGGCAGGCUUUGA